AUGGUCGAAUACUUUUAUUCUGUAACAGACGAAAAACAAUCCUUGAAUGCUGGUGCACAUGAAAAUAAAAAUUAUUGUUUUGAACAUAAGCCUCUAUAUAAAAAAGAAAUGGCCGAGUUUGAUUUUUACACUCCUACUGCCGAAAAACAGGAGAUGAUCGACCAAUAUCUUGCAAGGACAGACGCUGAGUACCGUGCCAGGAAUCGUGCUAAUAUAGAUUCAUCUGUGAAAAGGUUUAACGCCGAACUCGUAGAGAAAUACGGUGCCGAGAACCUUAAUCCUGAAGACUUUCUUGUCAUUCCCAAAGAGGGUUAUCAUGAUGGUUUGUUUGAAAAAUAUUUCAGAGCAUGUAUUGACAGAGUCGAAAAGAAAUUCCAAAAUAAACAAAUUCAUAUCAAUCAAGAGUCUGCGUUUUUACCUGUUGUCAUGAAUGAUGCUCUGCGAGAAAUGCUAGCUCACCCUGACUAUUCGGAAUGUAUCGCUUCUUUUAUAGCAAGUAUUAAUAAACAUUCUUCUGACACUAAAGGAGAAUCGAAACCUAAUACAACUGACCAUUUCAAUGGGGAUACUAAUAAUUCAUUGCCACAAUCAACGCAUUCACCUCGUGAACAACGCCCAGAAUUUGCCAAUAACCCAAAGUGUGAUGGUAACGAGCAUGCUAGUAUUUCUGUUAUUUCAUCCUUCACAGACUAUGCAAUAACCAGUAAUAUCUCUUACUGCUGUCCACAUUCAUCAACUCACAGUCCUAUGAGAUGUGCUGUGGAGUCUCGUGGUUACCUGCAAGAAUCUCACCUAAAGGAAUUAGUACACUGUAAUGCAGAGCACUUUCCACAAACAAUGUUUGCACAUAAAGAUCCAUCUGGUUCACUUCGUGGGCAAAGUCCAGAACUUAUCAAGUCGAUGGAUAAAAAUAGACAGAUAAUGGGGAUGAUGUCCAUGACGAGUGGAACGCAAGGAACAGGCACAUCGUGUGGUAUGGUACUAGCUAUUCAAGGAAAUAAUAAAAUAUUUGUUUACGAUAUGGGGAUAUAA